UGUCAGUGGGAUCUAAACUUUGGAAGAUACUUUUAGAUACAAACAGUUACAUUAAAGGUUCAAAACAUUUUGGAAAAGAAAAAAAAAAAUAAUUCUAUGAGUAUGACGAAUAAAAAUCGAUAUUUUUCAAGAUAAGAGUCAUAAUCUUCAGAUAUAGUCAAGUUCGUGCAAAAGUCAGAACUGAUUCCAAGAACAUUGUCGAUGAGAGGGGACUUGAAAACCAGCAUGAUGCCAGUGGCACCGGCAGCCCUGUUGCCUCCCCACAGAACUACUCCCAGCAAACCCAAGCUGGGCUUUUCUAUUGAAUCCAUCGUGGGUUUGGAGCCCACCACCACCAAAAACAAAAUACAAACCUCUCUUGAAGAAGAUAGCCACUGUUCUGAUGGCGAAAUUACCAGACUGUCUCCACCUCCAGCACAUAUCAAGAUGCCAACGUCCAGCAGUCCUCCCUACUAUCGGACCCCUAGUGAAGAUAUCUACUCUAGUUACGGACAAUAUGGACCACACAGAGUUUUACCAACAAGGACUCCCGAUUAUCCUCACAGAGGAGAUCUGAUCCCACCUCAAGCAUCGGUGGGUGGACUUAGUUAUCCUUCUGUGAUGUCACAUUACAAUUCAGCAUUAUCCUUGGGACAUUGCCACGGACAGUAUCCUCUAACCUCAUACCUCGUCAACAGAGACUAUCCAAGUUAUCCUUGGUUGAUGGCCAGGCAGCCGCGCAUAUUGCCGUACAGGCCACAAGGUCCUCAGGGUGCAAGUUUCAUCCUCCAUCAGUUCCGGAAGCCCAAGAGAAUUCGAACGGCCUUCUCUCCGUCUCAACUCCUCACCUUGGAACACGCAUUCGAAAAGAACCACUACGUUGUCGGCACGGAAAGGAAGCAGCUUGCACAAAGUCUCAACCUCACAGAAACUCAGGUGAAAGUAUGGUUUCAGAACAGGAGGACAAAGCACAAGAGGCAGAAGCAGGAGGAAGAACAACAGACAAACCCAUCUGAUGGACAAUCGAGUGACAGAAACGACAACGAAAGCAAGGACGGACGGACUCAUUCGUUCUCUCCCAACAUAGAAGAGUCCGAUGAAUCGAUAUGCGAAGACGAUGACGAUUGCGAUUCCAUUGAGGACGAAUCUCAAACCCACCUUUCGUGAUUCAAACUGCAUUCUCCUAGCAUAACCGUUUCGCUACAAACAGACUUUCCAUUUCAUCAACUGCAUGCCAAAGAUUUUCGUGUCUGGAACUGCUCAAAGCGAGUGGCAUGUGUAAAUUUAUUGCGUGUAUAUUUAUAACUUGAUUGGACAUUGCUUGUAAAAUAUCGAUGGGACACUAUGUGACUGUCUACAUGUGUGAAAAAGACUGAGAUACAGAUCACGCGCUGUGAAAUCACUAUGAAUAGAAAUCCUACACUGACUAUGAUAUUUAUUAAAAGCUUCAUUGUGUCGUUGGUAAAGAAUUCUCAUACAUUGUGAUAUUACAUCAAUAUCAUUUCACUUACUCUGGUUGCAAUAAAGACACUGAUUGCAAAAAGUUAAAAUUGUAAAUGUAAUUAACAUGAAUCUGAAUGAUGAAAAUGUUUUGAAACAAAUUAGUACCUUUUACUACCAAAAAAAACAAGUAAUAAAGAUACUUAAGAAGCACAAAAUACCACUUUACCAUUUCCUACAGUGUACGUAGUAGUACUUCUUUUGGCAAUAGUAUCUAUUAUCAAAUUAUAGAACCCGUAUAAGGAUCUAUAAUACUUUUUAACAUGUUGCAACUAUUUUUUUUCCUCGUAGUAGGAAGGUAAACACACCAGUAGUGGCCAGUGCUUAGGUAGGGGCCAAUUCAAAUUUUAUAUUUAAAAAAUAGUAUUCCAGGUCUCCUAGUGGAUUCAGAAGUGCAUAAAAGGAAAACAAGUGGUGUUACUAAAGAUAAUUGAAUGAUAUGGUCUUUGGUAUUACCUCUUGCACAUUUGAAUCCAUUGGGAAACCCGGAAUCCUACACUUUCAAAUAUAAACCUUGAAGUGGCCAUUGCUAAAGCAAUAUUAAGCACUGGAGUGUUUACCUUCAUACUUUAUUUUCUACUGUAAAAAAUCUCUUAACUGGUUCUUAAUUAAUGACCUUUCUCCUUUAAAAGGUGUGGAGGAAAAAAACUUCUACAAUCGAAUACCCUACGUCAGCUUUUAGUUUCACUGGUGGAUGCAACAUUUGCAAUUUAGUGUUCAUUUUUUUUUAGUUCUACCUUAUAAACACACUCUCCUUUGUAACAUUAUGUUGCACCCAUACGUAGAGAAAUAUUUGUUCCUUUCAAAUGAUUUAAUGUGUAAACUAUGAGUUAUUUUUUUCGCACAAUGUUCAAAGUUUUUUUGAUAUUGAGUGUUAAGUCUCAGUCAGUGUCAUUGUAAAAAUUGAAGAUCUCAGUGUAAGGAGGGGAUAUAUCAACGUUUUGUGGGUUUUCUGCUUUACAUUGAAAUAAAUACAUGAAAAAAAAAAUUUAUUUUUGAUUAUGUUCGAGACAUCUCAAACGGAAUUUCCCUUGCCAAAGAAAUACAAAAAUAUUUAAAGCUAGAAGAUGUAAAAGGCUACGUACCUUCCAGGAGAAAGUGAAGAAAAAGUUACUUAAAUUUUGUAGCUAGCUUUGAAACUGUGAUUUUUAUCACAAGUUUCGCAUUGUUUUCUCUGCUUCCAUAUAGUUGAUUUAUUAGUAAAAAUCCAGUAUUUAUACGGAUUAUUAUAUACUAGAAAAUCUUCCGUCAAGGUAUGACAAGGGAAAAUUGCUUGUACAUUUGAAAGAAGCAAUUGACUGCUUGGUGAUCUUUUGAUAGUUUAAAUUUCAAUCCUAACUCCAGCAGAUAGCGUUUAUUGUUUACCAUUUUUAUGUUUUUUCGUUGUUCUAAAAUGAGUCUAGUUGACAGUAAACCAGUCAAGUUAUCGGAUCCAGUUCAGCCCUGUCAAAAUAAAGCAUUUCCAUGCAUGUCAAACAUUACCAAAAAAAUAUUAUCAAAUUAUCAUGCCGUGGCAUGAGUUUCAUUUUUGGUGACGUCAGGAGCGUUACUCGAUCAUUGGCUAUUAUAUAUAUAUAUGAGGAUUUAAAGCAAAAGCAGAACAGCUCCAAAAUGUAAAAAUUAAUUACACUUAGGUAACAUUGUAUUUGAUUAAAAUGUCAUUGAAAUUGCUUUUAAAGAGGCGAGUUAAUGCAUAAUAUUAAACAUAAAGACAAAAUCUUCAGAAAGAAUUUGCUAAAACUAUUUUUAAAUUCCUGAACGUUUUGGGUGUGUAGAGCUGCCCCUUCCUUGCACCGAGGUCUUCAAUUUUAAUAGUAGCUAAUCAAACCCAAAACAUAAUUUGCUUUGCUUGAUAUUUUCGACUGUAAAUAUCACUUUGUUCAAAAUUUAAUGUUGGAUCGUUGAAAAAUUUUCAAACUGUUUUUAGAUUUAAACAAUCAAAACUUAGUUGCAAAAAAAAAAAAAAAAAAAAAACCCUUUGACAUAAGUGAGUUUUUGCUCUUAACAAGAAAUUAAUAUUUUUCCGACACCAUGAUAAGCACCUACUACUUUUGUUCAAUUGAGGGAGUGAGAGGCAAAGGGAUGUAUGUCGCAAAAUUAAAAAUUUGGAGAUAUUCAGUACAAGUGGUAGGUGAACCUCUCCUCUGUCUUGGGGCAAGAGACGGUACUAGUAGUCCUGGUAGGUGCCGCUGUACAGCAUGAUUUAUAAUAAUAAAAAAUAAUAGAAAAGCUACCUAGGAAGUUAUCUUCAAACACGUUUUACUCAAAACUUGAAAAUGUUCUCUUAAAUCUUUUUGCUUCUCAUUGCCGCAAUUGACUGUCUCAUGUCAUAUAUGUUUUGGUGGAUCUACCUCGAAUAUAUAUUCAAAAAGUAUUUCGAUUUAUGCAUACAUGGCUCUAAUAAUCUAACUGUAGGUUCAAAAGAUCAAUUCUCGAUUUUUUUUACUAUAGCAACAGAAUAAUAAGUGCGGUGGAUUACGGUAAUAUCAUAAAGUGACAUUUAAAGCUCUCAUGCAAGCAAACGAACCCACAUAUGGAAAAGUUUAUCGAUUAAAUCUUUACCGAGGGCACAUUUGUCACGUACAAGCUGAAAAAUAUGUUUAUGUUAUCCAUCAAACGAUUAACCAGAGGUAAUUAUUGUCCGAAGUAGCAAUGAUUAUUGCCGAUGAAAAAGUCGUUUGUGAAAUUUCCCAUUUGUUGUUGAGCAGAAAUUGAUUAAUCGAUACGAAUGGGGUAAUUUCAUUGCUCUACGUAAUUAUUUCUCAAUUGUUUUGUACAAAAAGUUUUGCUGUACAUUUUUCCUAAUGUAGUGACAGUAAUAAA